CCACCACCAUCAACUUCCUCGAGCCCAUUGUUGACACAUCUUCUCGACUGCCCCGCUCAACGCCUGACCAGCGACAAUGUCUACUGCAGACUAUGUCGCAAAGUAUCCUCGCAGGCGCGAGCUCCUCAAGACCGUGGACACGUACUGGAUAGACGACCCCUACAGGCCACCCGGACAGCUUGACUCUUCCCUCAAGAAACACACGACUUUGAUUAAUCGGCUCAAGGCGGCGCUGCUUAUCGGGCCCUCAGAUGCCAUCAUCAAGGAGAUUGACGGUCUUGUGCUGUCAAAAUACACGGCCGAAAUAGUCGCUGCCGUCGUCGACGGCGCGAGCCGCGGGCGCGGUGACCCGGAGGUUGCCGUUGAGAUCAUUGUACACCUGCACAAGCGGCUCGCGCCUGACUUCCUGCCGCAGCUACUUUCACCGCUGCUUGCCAUCCUCGCUCCCGCACCUCCACCUGCCAAAGACGCAACUGAAAAGGACCGCGAGAAAGAGGAUAAGGAGCGGAUCGCCCGCCAGCGCCCCGUUCUCCGCAUUGUUGCUGAGCUCGCCAUGCUUAUGGCCUGGCCGGAGGGAGCGCUCAAGGGCGCCGCCGAGGUCGGCAAAGUUCUCAAAACCCUCAUGAACAAUGACCCGCAGUUUACAAACAUUCCUCUUAUGUCCACCUUUCUUAAGCACUUCAACCGGGCAUAUCUCGGGCCUUUGCCGCCCAAGGACGGCAUCGCGCCUGAGGCGCUCCCCGAAGGCGUCGAGGAGCUUAUCCCCGUCGAGGUGCAGAGGCAGAUGCGCGACCUAUUCGUCAAGUACUUUGACAUGGCGAGCAAGACUCUUGUCAAGGGACAACUUAAACUCUUGGAACAAGAUAAGCGUAAUCACGAGGCAUACAUCAAGUCCGGCGAGAUCUUCGAGGACCGUCAGCACGCAUACGAACGUAUGACACGGGCCGUGGAACGCCUUACCACCGGUGUACAGGGUCUCGCUGACCUCCUCGGGCUCGAGGCGCCGGUUCUUCCAACUGCCGCAUCCUUGGGCAAGUCUGGGCUUCAGAUUGUCAACACGACGUCAUCGUUUGCCGUGCGCGAUGAUGGGGUUGUGCCCGGUGGUAUCUGGGACGACGAGGAGGAGCGUCGGUUCUACGAAGAUCUCCCUGACCUCUUAGAUCUGGUUCCGCCCACUUUGCUGGGCGUGAAGGACAAGAAGCUGGAGAAGGAGGAGGACGAGAAAGGGAGGGCACCAGAGGGGGAAGUAGCGGAGGGCGAUGUUUCGGCAGACGCCGAGGCCCGUAAGCGCGACGAAGAGGACAUUCGCCGCCAGCUUGAGUUAAUGGCGCUUGAGGGUGUCUCGAGUGAGGAAGAGGCUGUGCCCCUGGACCGGGUCGAGUCAACGGUCUCGGACGAGGCAGGCCCUGCGGAGCAAGAGGCUCACGAGGAGGAGCCGCAGCCUGCUGCGGACGCGGCAGCGGACGAGGAGAUCCAAUCUGGUCCUGCUGCUCGUCUUACUGCGCUUUUCGCCGCGCUUCCCGAGGCCGUCAACCGCGAAAUGAUCGACAAGCUCGCAGUCGAGUUUGCCUUCCUUAACUCCAAGGCUGCGCGUCGCCGUCUAGUCAGGUUCAUCGCGUCGGUGCCGAAGAGUCGCACUGAUCUUCUCCCACACUACUCUCGCUUCGUUGCCAUCCUCGACAAGUAUAUGCCUGACGUCGGCAAGGGCAUUAUCGAGACGCUCGACGAGGAAAUGCGGUAUCUUCAGCGGAAACGCACAAUUCGCGAGCUCGACAGUAUCCGGUUGAAGAACGUUCGGUUUUAUGGGGAGCUGGCGAAGUUCAAGGUUGCGCGACCGUACACCAUCCUCCACGUCCUGAAGGUAUUCGUUGAUAACUUCAAGUUCAAUGUUGAGAACAUUGCGAAUCUUCUUGAGACUUGUGGUCGCUUCCUGCUGCGCUCUGAGGGCACAUCCGAGACGGCCAAGAGAAUGAUCGAGCUAAUGCGUCGCAAGCAAAGUGUGACACACCUUGACCAGCGCCUCAACAUCAUGCUCGAGAAUGCCUUCUACCAGUGCAAUCCACCAGAACGGGUCGCACGCGAGGUCGUGGAGCUCCCACCAAUGCAGCUCUACAUCCAGCAUUUGCUGUACGACGCGCUCACAAAGCGCACGCAGGACAAGGUCCUGCUUCUUUUGCGCAAGAUGCACUGGGAGGAUCCGGAGACCGCAGACUUCCUUCUCAGAACAUUCACGGAGGUAUGGGAGGUCAAAUACGAAAACAUUGGUCGGAUAGCGGCACUCGUAUACGACCUGCAACGCUACCACGUUGACUUUGCCGUGGCUGUGGUCGACCAAGUCAUGGAGGACAUCCGCAUUGGACUGGAGGAGAACAUUUUCAAGUUUAACCAACGCCGUAUCGCGAGCGUGAAGUUCCUUGCUGAGUUGUAUAUGUACCGCGUCGUCAACGCGGCGGUCAUCUUUGAGGUGCUCUGGCAGCUUCUUUCUUUCGGACAUCCCGAGGGCUUCCCAGUUCCUGGGCGUGACAGCCCCAUUGACUCGGUGCAGGACUUCUUCCGCGUGCGCUUGGCUUGCGUGAUCCUCGACACAUGCGGGAGCUGCUUCGGCAAGGGCUCUCUGCGGCGGAGAUCAGACCACUACCUAGUUGUCCUCCAGCUCUAUGCGGUUUGCAAGGCGGACAUGCCAAUGGACGUCGACUUUAUGCUCGACGACCUGCUUGAGACCCUCCGUCCCAAGGGGCGGCCAAAGGGCGUUAAGGACGGCCCUGCCAUCAACCGUUUACGCACAUUCCAGGAGGCCGCUCAGGCCCUAGACGCGAUGCUUGCAGCCAAUGUCACUGACCAAGAUGACGACGAUGACGAGGAGGAGGGCGAGAGGAGCAACGAAGGCGCCCUCGAGCGCAUCGACGACACUGAUGAUGAGGAAGAGGAAGAGGAGGAGGAGACAGAAUUGCCCAUGGCAGACGAUGACGACGAGGACGACGUUGUGGUAAUCCGCGAGCAACCCAAGGAGCUGGACGAGUUCGACGAGCGAGCACAGGAUGAGUUUGAACGCGACUUUGCGCGGAUGCUCGCCGACACGACCGUCGAGCGCAAGGCGGCGCCACCCGUGUUCGAUCAGGCGGUGCCCAUGUUCCGCAAGCGGCCACAGAACGGGGAGCCUGAGGCGGGCAAGAUGCAGUUCAUGCUGCUGUCCAAGAAGGGCAACAAGCCGCAAGUGCGCUCCGUGGACAUUCCCAUCGACUCGUCCAUUGCUAGCAGCGUGCGCACGCAUCAAGCUGAGUCACGCGCCGAACAGGAACAGUUGAAGCGUCUUGUGCUGCAGAAUGAGAAGCGGCUCGAGCACGAGGACCUCAGCAACGUCGAGCAGAGCAUGUCUCGCCGCGGCAUCAAGGUGCGGAUUACGAAUUCGUAG